UGAUACUACUGAUACUACUAUCACAACGUUAUUGUCUCCGACGGACCGCCGGGCGGUUCGUCGUCGCCGAAGAAGUCGUCCUCGGCCGCGUCCGUGCCCGUCGCGCCGGCCGCCGGCUUCCAGUGCAGCAUCACGCGUCGCAGCGCGUGCGGCUGGUGCGCGCACGCGUUCCCGUCGCUACACCGCCAGCCCGUCGUCUCGCCGUCGCACGCGAGCGCCGACGCCAGCGCCGACACCUGCACGAGAUGCGUGCCGCGGCAGCCGUCGCAAAACGCCGCGCCGCACUCGUCGCAGGUCGGCGCGGCGCCGAGCAGCGCGUCGCAGCGUGCGCCGCACGCGAGGCACUCAAGUUUUUCGCCCGCGCCGACGCAGGCCAGGAGGCCGCAAGCGAAGGAAUCGAGGGGUUCCUCCCGCGCGAUUCGCCGUCGCGGCGGCGGCGGCGGCGGCGGCGGAGGAAACGCGUCGCCAAUGUCCGGCAGGUCGGUUUCGUCGCCGCGCUCCUUCAGUUCCAUGGCCGGGGCGCUCGGUUUUCGCAGGGGUUUCAGGGACGGGGUGCUCAUGCCCUGCAGCACUGGUGUGCUCCUGGCUCUUGCCAGUGGUAGAAGUCGAGCCCAGUGAAAUGAGGCGUCGAAAUAAAAGUGAAUAUCUUAGAACUAGAAACGAGGGUGUGCCAAAAUUCACGAAGCUUGUAAAAUCCGCAGCCUGCUAGCUAGCGUCUGUAAGGCACUAGCAAGCACGUAGCGUUCAUCACCUUAAAACUGCUUGCGAGACCCGUUUCCGAGAGCCCCAGACCCUUGCCACCUGACAGCGCAGAACUGGAGACGCGCAGGAGGCCAUCCCACCAGUGAGAGCACCUAGGCUCCGUGACACAGACACGCGCAGACACGCGCAAAAGCCAUCUCAGGGGAGACGCAUUGGUGAUGCCGGCCGGAAAGACAUUACUGGUGCUGCUUGCACCAUGGAUCUCACAAGUGGCAGCAUUUGCCCACGUCCACUCACAGCCGCGGACCCGCAGCGUAGCCAAGAGCGCCGCCGGGGAUUGUGACUCGCCGACUUCGCGACGCGACCUCCUCAAGGCGGCCUCGCUCACGGCUCUGGCCUUCCCGAACGCGGCGCUCGCCCUCGCCCAGAUAACGGCUCCCUCACAAGAGCAGCUCAAGCUCUACGACCUGCCGCGCAACGCGCUCCAGGACGCAGCCUUCGCGCAAGGCAUGGCGUCGGGCAUGGGCUCGUAUGAGAGAGCUGCCUUCCCGACGAAGCAGCGCCUCUUCGAGAGAAUGUUUGCGAAACUCCAGGACACCGCCGAGCCCACGAUCGUAGAGAUUGGGAUAGGGAGCUUCCCGAACGCUCCGCUCAGGCCUGUGUGACAAUCGACCCAGUUAGGGAGAGAACGUCGCGUCGAUAGCGUAGAGAGCGGACGUCCCAAUUUGAAUCCCGCACAGGUAUUACACCCCCCGACUCAAGGGCCGGGGCGGCCUCGACAUCAUCGGCGUGGACCCCAACGACCGCAUGGAGAAUUAUGCAAGGGACAACGCGGCCAAGGCCGGCCUCGGUGCGACCAGCUCGCUGCGCGUCGUCCACGGCGUCUCCGAGGCCCUGCCGCUGGCGUCAAAGUCGUGCGACGCCGUCGUCUGCUCGCUGACGCUCUGCAGCGUCGUCGACCCGGCGCGGUCGGUCGCGGAGAUCAAGCGCGUGUUGAGACCCGGCGGCCAGUUCGUCUUCUGGGAGCACGUCCUCUCGGAGACGGAUCCUAGUUUCGCCGAGGAGCAGGUCCGGGCGACGCCCAUGCAGAUCAAGCGCGCCGACGGCUGCCACCUCGAUCGCCGGACGGGAGACAUUAUCCGCAAGGCCGGGUUCAGGUCCUGCGACCUCGAGUAUCUGGAGUUGAAGGGCUUCGGGUUCCUGAAUCCGACGGUUUGCGGUAUUGCUACGGCAUAAGUAUUUGUUUUGUGACUU